CUAAAGUAAGAUGUCUGCGCCCUGAACGCAUGCGUAAACAAAUAUGGAACGUGAAAUAACCUUCCACGAAUAAUUGCGCUUCCAUAAAAUAACAUAUAAUUUGAGCACACUGACAUAUCUAUGAAGAUGGCUUUACGUAUGUGCGAGUCUAUUUUACGAAGGUCUUUGCGGUUUCCUAGCUUGUCGGUGACUUUGGAAAAUGCGUCACCACGACUACGAACAGUUCUUCAUGCCGGAGGAGUCGUGGGACGCGGCUUGCACGCCUCUUCGGCCGCUUGGGUGUCGUCCAGGGAGCUUCUGGACGGGCUACUGAAGGGCAGAGCCUUGCUCCCCGAUGGCGCUCCGGGUCAUUGCCCAGCCGCUCUUCCGCCGGACAGAGUUGAUCAGUUUUCGCUGCUACUGAAGGAGCCAGAUCAGCCAGAAAGUCCGAAGUGUCUAAAGGUGGCUAUAAUUGGCGCUCCAAACGCGGGGAAGUCAACACUAACGAACCAACUUCUUGGCAGGAAGGUGUUUCCAGUCUCCAAGAAAGUGCAUACAACAAGAUCGAGUGCACUGGGAGUAAUCACAGAUGAUGAUACUCAAAUUAUUCUCCUAGAUACCCCUGGUCUUACUACACCUUCCAAAGUUAAAAGACAUCAGCUGGAAAGGUCUCUUCUUGUGGAUCCACUGAAGUCAUUGAAAGAGGCUGAUCUGGUGGUCGUGAUGGUGGACGUCUCUGACAGGUGGACCCACAACAGGCUUGACUUUGAGGUGCUGAAGUGUCUGGCCCUGUGUCCGCAUAUUCCUGCCAUGCUCGUCCUCAAUAAGGUGGACCUCCUGAAGAACAAAACUCUGUUGCUGGACCUCACAACCAAGCUGACCGAGGGCGUUGUGAACGGGAAGCGGGUGCACGGCACCCCUAGGCCGUCUCAGAAAGAGGUGGCAGAAUUCCCGGCUGCGGCAGAGCCGCAGACCAAGAGUACCCUGAGCAGGGAGCAGCUGAGGGCUCUGAAGGACUGUAAAGGUUGGCCCCACUUCAGGGAUGUCUUCAUGCUGUCUGCCACAGAUGGCGAGGACGUGGAGCCACUGCGGAGAUAUUUGCUGGUGAGCGCGAAACCAGGCCCUUGGCAGUACCACAGCGAGGUGCUUACAGACCAGAACCCCGAGGACGUGUGCACCAACAUGGUGCGCGAGAAGCUUCUGGAAUACCUCCCUCAGGAGGUGCCCUACACCGUGACUCAGCAUAUUGAGCUCUGGAGGGAGACAGAGGAUGGAAUGUUGGAAAUCUGCAUCAAGCUCCAUGUGAAGAAGGACAGCCAUAAGAAAAUGGCGAUCGGCCCCGGCGGCAUGCUGGUGACUCGGCUCGCCCGGGAGGUUUCGGAGGACCUCAUGAACGCCUUUCAGCGCGAAGUGCGGCUGAGGAUCUCCAUCAGCCUGAAGAGGUGAAGCGGGUCUGCUCGGGGCGCCCGGAAAAUGGACUUCCGGACCCGCCGCCCACGGACGGCCGCGGCCGCUUCCCAGACUUCCCCUACCAGGACCUCAGCAUAAAAACAAAUUCCACCCUCCAGGGUGCAUUUGCAGAUGGACCUGCCCUCUUCACCAGUGUUUUGAGGCUGUUCGAGGCUUCUGUUUUGACGUGCGGCAUUCACACACACUAGCCGGCUCUUAUCUGUGUGCAGCACGCCGAUUUGGGGUAGAUCCUCCACUCUGGGCAUGAGCUGCUUUUUUUUUUUUGCUUUUUUUUUUUUUUUCUCUCCCCUUUUCCGAGUUUUCUCGAGUUCUCUUCAUCCCGUGUCCCUGCACGACCAUUAGUGAAGCCGUUGUUCAGCUAUUGUCCCCAUUCUAGCAGUGGGGAUACAUCAUGAUUUAAGUUCACACUGUCACAGAGCUGAACAAGAUGCAGGCCAACUGAUGAGGUUCAUAUAGAGUUUACUGUUAUUUUUGGGUGGGGGGGGCAGUUAUCUACAGAACCCAGAGUUGCUCGUGUUUGCAGACAGUAACCUCUCUGUAGAUCGCAGGCAGUUAUUGUCAUCAUUUGUCCAUAUUAUUUGUUGUAAUAGAGUUAGUUGGUGUACUGGUACACUCUUUCUGUGUUUUAAAACACUUCCCAGUCCAGGCUGUACAAUAUCUCUCUCUCUUUCUCUCUCCUCUCUCUCUCUCUUCAAGUUUUAAUUUAGCUUUAUUGGAAUGACAAUUAUAUUGCAUUGCUAAAUCUUACUUUCUAUCUCUGACAGACAGACAAACACACACGCACACUAGCACAACAGCCCCCUGACACCCACACCUACCCACCCUCGCGCUCUGCCUUUGAGAGCUGCUGAAGCUUAACUAAAAGUACAGCCCCAGAGGGCUGGAUUACCCUUCUAACAGAACACAAAAUGGAGCAGUAACCUUCCACUAAAACGGGCACAAGAUGGCGAUGCGUUUGUUCUUGUGCCCUCCGCCGUCCAUCAAGCGUGGCUGGCAGCGGCUCCUUAUCCAGGCCGUGGUGAUGAAUUGCGGACUCGUGGCUCAGCCAGCCCGAAGCAAGAUGUCCGUCCGUCUCCACGCCCUCCCACCUUUUUUGCUGUGUCACUUGUAUGUUCAGUGAGGUCACACAAUUUUAGACCAACCGUUCGAGCCGAAAACCCCCACAUUCUUUAGUCUGUAUGUUGUAUGCAAAUGAAAUUGUUGACUCAGGGUUACUCAUUCAGGUGCGUUUAUUGAGUAACUGCACAUAUACACAAACUGUCUGCAUCUUCCCUUACAGAGGGACUUGUAAUAAACAUUUGAAAAGAGCACA